CUGCACAUGGAAGGUGCACUGACAGCCCGGGACAAGGUUGGAGUGCAGGAUUUUGUGCUGCUGGAUGCAUACACCAGCGAAUCUGCCUUUGUGGACAAUCUUCACAAGCGUUUCAGCGAGAACCUCAUAUAUACAUAUAUUGGGACCCUCCUUGUGUCUGUGAAUCCAUACCAGGAGCUUGGAAUCUACACCAUGAAACAGAUGGAACUGUAUCAAGGGGUCAACUUCUUUGAACUGCCACCACAUAUCUAUGCCAUAGCCGACAACGCUUACCGCAUGAUGUGCUCGGAGUUAAAUAACCACUUUAUCCUCAUCUCUGGGGAAAGUGGAGCAGGGAAAACAGAGGCCUCUAAGAAGAUUCUCCAGUAUUUUGCAGUGACCUGCCCAAUGACUGAAUCUCUGCAGAUAGCCCGUGACAGAUUACUGCUCUCCAAUCCAGUGCUGGAGGCUUUUGGAAAUGCCAAAACGCUCCGGAAUGACAACUCUAGCAGAUUUGGAAAAUACAUGGACAUACAGUUUGACUUUAAGGGGCAGUGUGCCAAAGAACUGUCCAUCAAUGACAAGAAUGACUGGAAAACGGUUUCCAACGCCUUUGCUGUCAUUGACUUUACUGAUGAAGACCUUGAGAAUCUCUUUGGAAUUAUUGCCAGUGUUCUCCACCUGGGGAACAUUCAUUUUAAAGAAGACAACCAAGGCUGUGCCACCAUCCCAGACACACACGAGAUCAAAUGGAUUGCAAAGCUCCUGGGGGUUCUCCCAUCCGUCCUUCUGGAUGCUCUCACCCACAGAAAAAUUGAAGCUAAAACUGAAGAGAUGAUCUGCCCACUAACACUAGACCUCUCCAUCUACGCCCGAGAUGCCAUGGCAAAGGCUGUAUAUGGACGAACAUUUACUUGGCUGGUCAACAAAAUCAAUUCCUCCUUAGUGAACAAGGAUUUCACCAAGAAAACAGUGAUUGGGUUGCUGGAUAUCUAUGGGUUUGAAGUCUUCGAUAAAAAUGGUUUUGAACAAUUCUGUAUAAAUUACUGCAAUGAAAAACUUCAGCAACUUUUAAUAGAGAGAACCCUAAAGGCGGAACAGGCAGAAUAUGAAAUGGAAGGUAUAGAGUGGGAGCCAAUACAAUAUUUCAACAACAAGAUCAUUUGUGAUUUGGUAGAAGAGAGACACAGAGGCAUCAUUUCCAUUCUGGAUGAAGAAUGUAUUCGGCCUGGGCCUGCUACAGACUUGAGUUUCCUGGAGAAAUUGGAAGAGAAAGUGGGCAAGCAUGCACACUUCCAAACCCGUAAGCUGGCGGGUGCCAAGGGCCGAAAGAGGAUGGGCUGGAUGGAGUUCCGCCUCUUCCAUUAUGCGGGAGAGGUCACCUACUGCACCAAGGGAUUCUUGGAGAAAAACAAUGAUCUACUUUAUAGACAUCUGAAAGAAGUGUUGUGUUGGUCCAAAAACAGCAUUCUGAGGGAAUGUUUCCAUGUAGCUGAGUUAAAAAACCGGAGGAGGCCACCAACGGUGGGGACUCAGUUUAAGAACAGUCUGAGCAGCCUUCUAGAAAUUCUCAUCUCUAAAGAGCCCUCCUAUAUCCGCUGCAUCAAGCCCAAUGAUGGGAAAGAGCCUCGCAAGUUUGAUGAGCUCCUCAUUAGGCACCAGAUCAAGUACCUGGGACUGAUGGAGCACCUGCGGGUGAGACGGGCUGGCUUCGCAUACCGGCGGAAGUACGAGCAUUUCUUGCAAAGGUACAAGUCUUUGUGCCCUGAUACCUGGCCGCACUGGCAUGGGCGUCCAGCAGAGGGCGUACAACGGCUCAUCAAGUACAUAGGCUACAAACCGGAAGAGUACAAAUUAGGGAAAACCAAAAUAUUUAUUCGUUUCCCCAGAACUCUGUUUGCUACUGAAGAUGCUUUUGAAUUUAGCAAACAUCAACUAGUUGGAAGAAUCCAAGCCACCUACAAAAGCUGCUUAGAAAGAAGAACGUUCCUGACAAAAAGACGAGCAGCCAUCAAACUUGAAGCCCACUGGCGUGGGGCCCUGGCUCGGAAGGAGGCCCAAAGGAGAAAGUGGGCUGCACAGAUUAUAAGGAAGUUCAUAAAGGGGUUCAUCAAUCGCAACAUGCCCCUUUCUCCGGAUAAUGAGGAGUUUGUCGUGUUUGUGCGGAAAAAUUACAUCUUGAAUCUUCGCUAUCACGUUCCAAAGAACGUUUUGGAUAAGAGCUGGCUGAGGCCCCCUGCCAUCCUGGAAAAUGCAUCGAAUCUGCUCAAGAGAAUGUGCAUAAGGAACCUGGUGCGCAACUACUGCUGCGGGCUCCCAGCUGAGAGAAUCGCUCAGAUGCAACAAAAGGUGGUUACAAGUGACAUAUUCAGGGGAAAGAAAGAUGGCUAUACAGAGAGUUUAAAUCAACCCUUUGCCAACAGCCGGCUUGACAAAGAUGACAUUAAUGCCAAAGUGCUUCAACAACUUAGCAAUGAGAAAAUCCAGUACGGUAUCCCGGUCAUUAAAUACGAUAGAAAAGGCUUUAAGGCACGGCAGCGGCAACUCAUUCUGACCCAGAAGGCGGUUUACGUGGUAGAACUUGCCAAAAUCAAGCAGAAAAUAGAGUACUCUUCAGUCAAAGGUGUCUCUACCAGCAAUCUAAGCGACAGGAUCUUCGUCAUCCACAUUUCACCUGAAGACUACAGGCAGAAGGGGGAUGUCAUUUUGCAGUGUGAACACAUAUUUGAAGCAGUAACAAAACUCACCAUGCUGGUUAAGAAGAACAUUGUAAAAGUUGUUCAAGGGAGUUUACAGUUUUAUAUCAGUCCAGCAAAAGAAGGCACAAUAGUUUUCAACACUGGACCAGAAGAACAAAUCUAUAAAGAUAAAAAUGGACAGUUAAUAGUGGUGUCAGUCCGAAUGAAGUCCUGA